UAUGUUGGAGAUAUCGAGUUUCCUUCCAUACCUUUUCAGUAUCGCAAUUGUAUUUGUUGCGAUACAGGCGGAAUAUAAGCAAUCUCCGCCGAAACGAGACUAUAAUCUGUACGAUGAUAAAGUUGACAUGUUGAGCUUGACGAAUAUAUUUAGGCUGGGUGGUGGAAUCUCUAAUUUUCUGAGACAGGGUCAACAUGAUCUGAAUCAGGAAGUACCAGAAACGACCCCUGAAUUCGGAGACGUAUACGAUUUUGUGAUAGUUGGUGCUGGCACAGCUGGUGCCACGGUAGCCGCGAGAUUGAGUGAGAUUCCUCAGAUAAAGGUAUUACUAAUCGAAGCUGGAUCCAACGAGAACCUUUUUAUGGACAUCCCAAUAUUCGCUUUCUCCCUUCAAACCAGCAGCAACGUCAAUUGGAAGUACCGGACCAAGUCGUCCAACAGAUAUUGUCUCGGUAUGAACGACAACAGUUGCAACUGGCCAGCAGGGAAAGUGAUGGGUGGCAGUAGUGUGCUAAACUACAUGAUUGCUACCAGAGGCAGCGCCGAGAACUUCGAUCGCUGGGCAGAAAUGGGCAAUGAAGGUUGGGCUUAUAAAGACGUUCUCAAAUACUUUAAGAAACUUGAAACAAUUGAUAUCCCAGAAUUGCGAUCGAAUACUACUUAUCAUGGAACCGAAGGACCGUUACACAUUACUCAUUCAUUAUACCGUACACCAUUAGCAGAGGCUUUUCUAAAAGCUGGCGAAGAGCUAAAGUACCCAUUGGUGUCGGAUUGUAACGGGAAGGAUGUAAUAGGAUUCUCAUAUGUACAGAGCACAAUUAUGAACGGCGCUCGAAUGAGCAGUAAUAGGGCGUACCUGUACCCCAUACACGAUCGCAAGAACCUUCACGUGACUCGAAAUAGUAUGGUAAGAAAAGUGCUAAUUAAUCAUCACACAAAACAAACGGUUGGUGUAGAGUUUAUCAAAUAUGGUCGGAUUAUCCAGGUGUACGCGAGUAAAGAAGUGAUAUUGUGCGCGGGUUCCGUUGAAUCAGCUCAGUUGCUGAUGUUGUCCGGCAUCGGACCGGCUAAACAUCUCAGGGAACUAGGCAUAGAUGUCGUUCGCAAUGCGCCGGUCGGCGAAAAUCUGAUGGACCACAUCUUCUUCGGACUGUCGUGGACGAUAAAUGCACCAGUAGGGAUAAAAGCACAGGAAUUACUGAAUCCCAUUUAUCCAUAUAUGGUGGAUUUCUUUACGAGACGAUCGGGUCCUUUAACGCUUCCAGUUGCGAACGAGGCUUUUGCUUUCAUCAAUACCAAGCAUCCGGAAAAACGCAGCGGUUUGUCAGACAUUGAAUUACUGUUUAGCAGUGGUGAUCUUAAAGGAGAUCUCCUUUUCCCGUUUAUUAUGAAUGUGAACAGUGAAAUUCGUCAAAUUUGGAGUAAAUACUCGAAUAAAUAUGUCUGGACUAUACUGUCAAUACUGUUGAAACCAAAGAGUCGCGGACGGAUAAGAUUAUUGGCGAAUGAUAUUAAUGUUAAACCUGAGAUUGUGCCAAAUUACUUCGACGAUCUGGAAGACAUGGAAACGAUGAUCGCCGGAAUUAAGGUCGCGAUAAGUAUCGGUCAAACGAGGGCGAUGCAAGAGUUUGGUUCGCAAUUGCUUAAUGAUACUAUACCUGGAUGCGAAAGCUACAAAUAUGAUUCCUAUGCUUAUUGGGAAUGUAUGAUCAGAACAGUCUCUUCUACUCUCUAUCAUUAUUCCGGUACUUGCAAAAUGGGUCCAAGGGGGGAUACAACUGCUGUUGUCAAUCCCAAAUUGAAGGUAAUUGAUGUUCAAGGACUAAGAGUAGCAGACGCUUCCAUCAUGCCUGAGAUUAUAUCGGCACAUCCAAACAUAGCUGUUUGUAUGAUUGCCGAGAAACUGGCAGAUAUGAUCAAAGAAGAAUGGGGAUACUUAAGAAGUCCCUAGACGUGUUUUAGUGACGUGUUUUAUAAAGUAAUUGUACAAGAAAAACAGACUAUAGUUCCAAAAAAUUAUCUCUAAAAUUGUAAAUUUUUUUGUAAAAAGGCAUGCAAAAUCGAUUCUCGCAUGUAUUGUUGCCGUUUUUCCGCAUUGCUGAUUGGUUGUCUCGAUUCGCAUAGUGUGUUAUAUUUAUAUCAAACAGCUGUCAUUGCGAAGAUUAACAGUUUGACAGUUGUUCUAAAUAAUAUUAAAUCAAAGCAUAUAAAAUUAA